ACUCCUCGCGUCCUACUGAUCGAUUCUUAUGAUUCUUUUACUUAUAAUUUGGCAGCACUAUGUCGGAGAUCCAUUCCUCAUUGCAUAGUGCACAUAAUAAGAAACGACCAGCUGGAUUGGGACGUCCUUCGCUCGAACUUACACUAUUUCUCCGCAAUCGUCGUCGGUCCUGGGCCCGGGUCACCGCUCUUAGAGGAGGAUGUUGGAAUUGUCAAGCACGUAUGGCACCUUGAGGAACGGUUACUCAUUCCCGUUUUCGGUGUGUGUCUUGGGCUGCAGAGCCUCGCAGUUGAGUAUGGGGCCGCGUUGAAGAGGUUAGCGGUGGUCAAACAUGGCCAGAUUUCCCUAAUACGACACGAAGGUGUGGAGAUAUUCAAGGCUGUGGGCGAGAUCAAUGCUGUUCGGUAUCACUCCCUACACGUUGAACUUCGGGACGACGCGGAAAUUGAGGCUCUGGCUUGGGCUGACGAUGGCCCCGAUGAAAAUGGCAUCGUUGUCAUGGGCAUCAAGCAUACCAGCAAGCCUUUCUGGGCUGUACAGUACCACCCGGAAUCUGUCAUGACCUCAGGCGGAGGAUGGGAGGUCCUCUCCAACUUUUGGCGCCUGGCGAAGAAUUGGCUGGUUAGCCGUAAUCGAUCGGUACAACCAUGGGAUGUCCACGCGCACAACACUUUCGGAGCCCCGUGGCCCUGGCCUCCUUCGCCUGAGACAAAGAAUCUCGAAGUCGCUAGAAAUGUGGACACUGUGGUCCUACAGCUUCCCGGCGUGAGCGUACCUGGUAUAUGCGAAAUGCUGGGUGUCGGCGACGAAACCUCUCCCUUCGUUCUCCUGGACUCAGCCGCUCGCCCUGGUCGAUGGUCCAUCAUCGGGUGCUUCGAUGCUACGACACCCAUUAUCAGCUACUUCCUCGGAGAUACAUAUGUCACAACAAGGCGUGGCAAUCGUAUAUCUCAUCUGCCCCUCGGAUCCCAUGAUAUCUGGUCCUGGUUGGCUUCCUUCAUGAGAGAAAGGAAGGCGAAAGGCGGCUGCACAGACAGUCCAUUUUGGGGAGGGUUAAUGGGGUAUCUAAGCUACGAGCUUGGCGUCGAUUCUCUUGGGGUACCACUGAGUGCUUGCCAGCAACCAGGACGAAACCCUGACGUCAAUCUCGCGUUUAUCGACCGCAGUAUUGUCGUGAACGUCGAGACCGGGGAGAUUUUCGUGCAAUCUCUCAUACCGGAGGAUUCUGCCUGGAUCGCGAGUAUUGUCCAAACACUCAAGAGGUUAGGAAGCGAAGCUGCCCGAUCAACAAAGCGUUCAUAUGUUAUCUCGUCUGUGGUUGAUGUGAUCCUUCCUGACAGGGACCUCUACAUAUCGCGCAUCAAGCAGGCACAGGAACAUCUUCGAUCCGGUAACUCUUAUGAACUCUGUCUAACUGCACAGACAAAGGUUACAGUCGGUAAAUCCCACACGCUCCCUUCCACCGGAUCGUCAUCCUCGUCUUGGGAGUUGUACAAGUCCCUACGCACUACCAAUCCUGCUCCACAUGCAGCUUACUUACGCCUCCAUCCGAGCACGCUAGUCUGCUCGUCCCCGGAACGUUUCCUGUCUUUCUCACGGCCUCCUCGUCCCGUUUGCCAGUUGCGACCCAUCAAAGGUACUCUGCGCAAAGGUCCUGGCAUCACAAGGGCGGUCGCAGAACGUGCGCUGAAAGGAAGUCAGAAGGAGGUCGCCGAGAAUCUGAUGAUAGUCGAUCUCAUCCGCCACGAUUUGCAUGGGGUGGUGGGCGACGACGUGGAGGUCCGGCAGUUCUGCGAGGUGGAAGAGUACGAGACUGUGUGGCAACUCGUCAGCGUCAUCGAGGGCUCCGGAUCGAUCCGUUGCGCUCGUGAAUCUGACGAGCAAGAACUUGGCUGGGAGGCCCUUAAGAGGAGCAUGCCACCAGGGAGUAUGACGGGUGCACCUAAGAAGCGCAGUGUCGAGAUCCUCCAGACUCUCGAAGAUACCGAACGCAGUAUAUAUUCUGGGGUAUGUGGCUACUGGUGUGUCAGCGGCGCAGGUGACUGGUCCGUGGUUAUCCGAAGCUGCUUUAAAUUCGACGACGCUUGUGGCGUUGAGCUUGCUUCUGAUCCUCCUUCAACGGAGGAAUGGACGAUAGGUGCAGGCGGGGCCAUCACGGACCUCUCUGACCCAGAGCAGGAAUGGGAUGAAAUGGUUCUGAAGCUGCAGAGCACACUGCGGGCUUUC